CAGAGCAUGGUCGAAUUAGAUAUUUGAUGAUACCAUCCUUUAGUUGACCAAAAUUUGAGAUCUAAAUACUUAAUUCAUUUCAGAUCUGCGUGGAAUGUCACUGUCCUUCCAAAAAUGGAGCAUUCUUAUCUCUAGUUUGACUUCGGAGGAUUACAUCGCGCCCUUAAAUUCACCUUGGAAAGAAAAAACAAGAAAUCUUGGAGAGACAUUUUCAGUCCUACACAACAACCCCGCAAAUGACGAAAUCCAUGUCAUUACGGAAUUGAUUGAAACUGACAAAGUAUUGACAUAUAAAUAUAAAGCAGACAAUGGCGCCGUUGAGAACAACAUUGGGUUCGUGUCAGACGAUGUCCGUCAUCAGGUGAUGAGUUACUUUGUCCUGAAUUGUCUGAACACUGUCGAGGACUAUGAAAACUACAUCACAUUGUCAUCCGUAGACUCGUUAAUAGAGUAUGUACGCCCGUGGUGGUACAGAAGAGAUAAAGAGGAAAGUGGUGUGAACAUGUACCUACCGAGGGAACUAGAGGAGUCAUUCAUCAAAAAACUCGGAAUAAACGUCAUAAUUCACGACAUAAGAAGCCAUUAUGAUCUCAAUGAACUGAUGGAACCCCUGUGCCUUCCCCUUGAUGUAUUCAAUCUUGAAGAAGAUGCAAAGUACCGGUUCAUAAACUCCACAAAGAAAUUGACAACACGGCGGAAGUUAACCUCCGGUACACUGGAUUUCAACAGUGCUCUUGGAUCAUUCUUAAUUCUUGAUGUCGCAGACGAAAUAAUAGAUUGGCGUGGAAUGUCAUUCUCCACCCAAAAAUGGAGCAUUCUUGUCUCAAUUUUGAUAUCAGAGAAAUACAGUGCACCCUUAAAUUCCCAUUGGAAAGAAAAAGCGAGAGCUCUUGGAGAGGUGUUUCCCGUCUUACAGAACGACUCUACAGAUGACGAAAUCGAUGUCAUAAAAGGAAUGGUUGAAACUGACAAAGUAUUGACAUAUAAAGGGAAUGGCGCCGUUGGGUUCAAGUCAGACGAUGUCCGUCAUCAGGUGAUGAGUUACUUUCUCCUGAAUUGUCUGAACACUGUCGAGGACUAUGGAAAUUACAUCAGAUUGUCGUCAGUUGACUCGUUGUUGGAGUAUGUACGUACGUGGCAACACAAAAGAGAUAAAGAUGAACGAUGUAUGUACUUACCGUCAUGUAAUGAUGGGGAAACGAGAAGACAGUGAUA